AAAGGAUGAAUCUGGAUCCAGAAAUUGACAUGUCACCUUCUUCUGGUUAGACACUUUGACGGUAACAGCCCACUAGUGUACGCAAUACAGCAUCACCAACAUUUCUUCUCAAAAUAAUUAAAAUUGAUUCGCUCUAGUUUCUUCUCUCCAAAAAUGAAUUUCUUCAAAUCAGUAUUUUCAGACGAACCCGAUUCUCCUCCGAAACCCGAAUCCACCGACCCAUCCGACCCCACAUCCCCUCCCAAACAUCAACAACCUAAUCAAGAUUCCGACGACGACGACGAUGCCGCCACUUCCGGAUGGAGCUUCGGCGGCUUAAUGAAAACAUUAACAACCAAAUCGGAAUCCGUAAUCGAAAUCUACCGUCGCGAUCUCAAAGAAUUCGGGUCGGGUCUAAAGAAAGAGAUCGAAACCGCUCACGGAUCUCUCGAGACAGUGAGUCACGCCAUUGAUGAAAUCGGCACCUCCGUUAUUAAAAGUACUUCCCAGAUUAUUUCUCAAGGUAAAGACGUAAUUUUAGCUUCUGAUGAUCACGAAUCGGAUUCGUCCGAUCAUAUUAAUUCUAGAAGUAAUUUUAGUCAGUCAGGUUUAAAUUCGAAACCCUAUAGUCGUUUUGAUGCUCAAUUAAGGCUGAUUCAAGAUGAUUUGAGUACGUAUUGUGAUGACCCUGAGGAUUUAGAUGAUUAUAAUCAAUGGAAAUUAGGGUUUGUUCUUGAGGAGAAAAGGGGAGAGUUUCAGAGUUUGAUUGAACAGAAUGGAGUUAUUGAGAGUGUGUAUAAAAGAAUUGUGCCUAAUAUUGUAGAUGAGGAGAAUUUCUGGUCUAGGUAUUGUUAUAAGGUUUUUAAGCUUAAGCAAGCUGAGGAUAUGAGAGCUACUCUUGUUAAGCGUGCCAUUUCAGCGGAAGAGGAGGAUUUGAGUUGGGAUGUUGAUGAUGAUGAAGAUGAUGAGGAGGAGCCGAUUAGUUUGAGGAAAAACGAGGGUUUGAGUCCGAAAGAUGAUGAGAUUGUAAAGAGUGGUGAGAUUAAUAAGACCCGUGACUUAGAAUCUGAACAAACUGUGGAUGUUAAGGAGGAUGAAGCGAAUAAGGAGGAAAUGCAGGAUUUAGAGAAGAGUGAAGAAAAGGAUGAGGGUGCAUCGAAAUUCGAUGAGAAAGCGGCAUCGGAGGAGAAGGCGGAUACUGGAGAAUCGUCGAAAGAUAGUGAUGUUUCUGUUAUAUCAAGCCAUCCAUCAAUCCAGGAGGAGGAAGAUCUUGGGUGGGAUGAGAUUGAAGAUCUGAGCAGCAUCGAUGAGAAGAAAGUCGGCUCUACAGAAAGUCCAAACAAGGCUGAUUUGCGGAAGCGGUUGAGUGCUGCAGAAGAAGAUGAAGAUUUGAGUUGGGGUACUGAAGAAGAUGAUGAUGAUGAUGAGCCUGUUAAAGCUUGAAGCUGUUGUUAAGUUCUUGAUUAUAAAUUUAAUUGCAUAUGUAAGUUCUUGGAGAAAGUUUUUAUCUUUUUCCCAUUUCUUGUGUACCUAUAAUUGCAAAUAUUGUCUAUGAUUGUGUCACUUGAACUUGAUGCCAAUGUGUUUAAAAUAACACAUCAUUUUAUUA